AAUCCAAUUGCUUGAUCCUUUGAGCAGAGUUCUUGAUAAUGAUUAUCCUGAUAACUGGCCAAAUUAUUUGAGUCAAAUUGAUGCUCUUUUAACUUCCGGUGAUCCUAGGACAGCAUAUAUCGGUUUAUUGGCCCUACAUCAAGUCGUUAAAGUUUAUCAAUGGAAAUCUAGUGAAGGUAGAGGUCCUCUGGCGGAAAUUAUUCAAAGAUCUUUUGCAGUUAUUUUACAAAUGGGCCAGGGAUUGCUUAGUGAAAUAAAUAUAGAUGCUGCUGAAAUGUUGAGGAUUAUAAAUAAAAUUUAUAGUUCAGCUACUCAAUAUGAUCUAUCUGAGACUCUCCAAGAUAAUAAUUCUAUUGUUCCUUGGGUCUCCUUUUUUCAACAUUUAAUUGAAAAAGACAUACCUGAAGAAAUUAUUCCAAAUGUCAUUGAAGAACGACAAAAAUUUAUUUGGUUUAGAGCACAAAGAUGGGCUUGUCAAAAUUUAAAUCGUCUUUUUCAAAGAUAUGGGAAUCCCGCUCAACUUGCGUCUUCUUCUACAAAAUAUACUGCAUUUGCUGAAAAUUUUAUACGUCAUUUUGGCUCUCCAAUAUUACACUCUUAUUUAAGGAAAACUGAAAAGUGGAUCAAGAAAGAAAUAUGGUUAAGCAAUAAAAUACUUUUUUAUUUUUCAGAAUUCUUCAGAGAUGCAAUUACACAUAAAAUUACAUGGCAAAUUAUUAAGCCUUAUAGCGAAACAUUGGUGUCUCAAUAUUUAUUCCCUCAAUUAUGCUUUUCUGAUGAAGAUGAACAAUUGUGGACAGAGGAUCCUGUUGAUUAUAUCCAUAAGAAAAUGGAUCCUCUAGAGGAUUUCAAUUCUCAUACAGCUGCCGCUGUUUCUUUCCUUAUUGACCUAGCGAAGCUUAGAAAAAAAUAUACUUUUAUGGGCAUAAUGGGAUUUAUUAACACUAUUUUAACUACUUAUCAUGAUGCUCCUAUUGAUGCCAAAAAUCCACAUCAUAAAGAUGGUGCACUGAAAAUGAUUGGCUGCCUUAGUGAGAUGGUCAUGCGUAAAAAAUCUGGUGUUGCACAUCUUAUGGAAGGUUUCCUUACAACUCAU